AUGGGAAAGGCGCAGGUUAAGAAGAAGACAGACGCAUCAAGGCGUCACAACCCCAUCCGUGUCCCCGACGCACACCUCGGCGGAGGGCGUGCAGAGGGCAAGAACCCCGCCAAGGAGCGUCAGAUGCUCCCCAUCCUCGACAAGCUCCGUGCGCCGGAAGCCAGCGACCGAUCCUGGGCGUGCGCGGCGGUGUGCAACCUGAUCCAAAACGAUGCGGCGACCCGACGACUGUUCCAGGGCCGCAACGUUGUUGGCCUCCUGAUCGAGCGCCUCAGUGACUCCUCGGAUGACGUUGUCGUCGAGGCCUCUGGAGCGCUGCGGAACCUGGCGAUCGACGGCGGCCACGAGCUCUGCGGCGAGAUGUUCAACAAGGGCGUCGUGCCGCACGUCAUCACGCUCGCGGGCAAGAUCUCUGCGGCCCUCGACGCCUGGGACACCCUCGACGGUGAAGGACGCCAGGCGCUUGUUCUCCUCGCCGAGAACGUCAUUACGCUCAUCUGGUGCCUCGCCGAGGCGAACCACAAGACGCUCGCUGCCAUCAACGCGGCCGGAACCGAGGGACUGCUCGCCAAGAUUCUCUCUGCGCGCGCGGGACUCAACCCCGGCGUUGUGCUCGCUGCUGCUCAGGCGCUCUACGCGCUCACGCAGGACAAUGAGCCGUUCACGCGGGCACUUCUGGCCACCCCGGGCGUUGUCGACACGCUCGUGCAGAUCGUGACCGCGGACCACGCGCCCCUCGAGCGCGAUCUGAAGGGCAAGGGUAAGGGAAAGGCGAAGGAGGUGGCCGCCGAGGUCGACGCCGAGUUUGACGACGGACGGAUGCUCCUCACCCGCCUGCUGGCGGCUGGCACGCUGCUGAACAUGAUCGAGCCGGGAUCGAAGCGGGACACGAUCAACCUGUCUGCUCUUACCACCGACGUCGUCCUUCCGCUCGCCACGUCAUUGCUGGACGUCUCGAUCCCGAGCGUCGUCGAGCGUGUGGGCCAGCUUGUCGGCGAGCUUCCCGGAGAAUCGGUGCCAGUGCAGAAGGACAUCAAGACGGACCACCGCCCUCCGGCGGCGCUCAAGUUGGAGCGCGUCGAGCGCGCCCUCCAGGCCGUCACGCUCGCGCUCGAGAUUCUCACAGGUCUCUGUGCUGGUCUCGAAGACGCGGUGGAGGAGGAAGGCGACGCCUCCGACGCCGAGAUGGAGGACGCGCAGGACGACGAGACCCUUAUCGCUGCUGGCCGCGACCCAGCCAAUGCCGGCACGCCCGCGGCGCCAACAAAGGUCAACAGCGCAGGCCUGCCGCGUCUUCUGAGUGUGCUCCCCGAGCGCCUCGUCAAGCUCGCAACCCUCACGCCGCUCUCCCUCCCCCCUGCCGACGACGCCAGCCCGCACCCGCCAACGACCGCAGCCCUGAGCGCGCUGCACCUCCGCGCCCUCGAGGCGCUCAACAACCUCCUCCUCUCGACCGCCGCGGCCGUGCAGAACGGGGAGAAGCUCGACGUUCCCGCCCAGGAGCUCUGGAAUGCCCUCUUCCCCAUCCUGCGCGCCGAGGGCGCGCCUGCCGCCGACGCCUCAGCUCGCGGGCAAGAGUUCCGCAAGGCGAUCCAGGAAGCCGCCCUCGGAUGUCUGUGGGGCUGUGCGCGCUCUUCGCCUGCCUCCCUGUCCCCGAGUGCCGCUGAAGAAGAGCUCCUGACGCAAGUCGUGGGAUCGCCCAUGUCGACCGACGCGCAGGUGCGCGCGAUCGAGACGCUGGCGUCGCUCGCGGCCCGCUCCGGUGUAAGCGUAGAGGAAAACGCACACAUUGGCGCCUGGCUUGCAUCUCUCGUCCUCCCCAAUUUGCCUGCCCAGCCGGCGAUCCUGAUUGCGGCCCUCAACGCUUUGAUUGAUGUGUACUGCGACGAAACCCGCGACUUUGAUGGUAACUGGAAGUACACCGAGCCCCUGGCCAAGAACGUUGCGAGGAUCAGGGGCGUCCUCAGGGGUGUGGAUAAGCGGAAACAGCCCCAGAUGAGGAUGCAGGCAGACGAGAUUUAUGAGAAUCUCGUGGCGUUCAUUAGGUGGAGGCGCUCUCUCUGA